AUGUCCGACUACCAACUCUACCACUCUCUUGGGCAGGCAGGGCCAAACGAUGACCCAAGGAACCAGAAUCAAGGGCAACAACAGCCUCCAAAUCAGUUCCAACCUCCAAUUGCGCCUUCGCCAUACCAGCAACCGCAACCUGGCGCAUACAAUCCCCAAGCACAGAACCACCCAUACGGCACUCCUCAAAUAGGAACACCUUACCAACAGCCGCAGCAGCAGCAACAAGGCUACUUCCCAGAUCAGGGUAUACAACCACAAGAUGCCGGAUUGGCAGCACAAAUGGGCAAUAUGGGCUUAGGAGAGGUGGGCACACACGGGAGGAAGAAGAAGAAGGACAGGCACGCAUAUCACACGGUCGAAGCACCAUCUGGCUCCUCCGCCGCUUUCAAUGAUAUACCGCAGGGUGGAGUCCCUCCUUCGGCGUAUCUGAAUUCGGACCCCUCUGCAAUGCCAUCCCCAGGAGGGCAAUUCCUGAACCAGCAGCAGCCUAUUACGCCCCUCAUGUCCCAGUUCCCUGCACAAAUGAACGCCCCUUUCAACCCCGCGAAUCCGGCCUCUCCCGCGGAGUUUGCCUCCAGGAAUGGGAAUACAGAUUCGGGAUUUGCUGCAAAUGUACAAACUUCCGCCCAGGGCAGGGUAGAUCCAGACCAAAUACCAAGUGUACCAAGGUCGAGGGAUGCCCUUUCCCAGUACUACCUGAGCCAUGUAUAUCCAACCUUCGAACACCAUAUUCCACCACCAGCUUCGGUGCCCUUUGUUGCCUUUGACCAGGGAAAUGCUUCUCCGAAAUACACACGUCUCUCAAUGAACAAUAUUCCCUCUACAUCUGAUGCUCUCCAUUCCCUCGGAUUACCUCUCGGACUUUUACUGCAACCCCUCGCCCCUUUACAACCUGGAGAACUCGAGAUACCAGUGUUGGACUUUGGCGAGAUUGGGCCACCAAGAUGUCACAGAUGUCGAGCAUACAUCAAUCCCUUCAUGGUUUUCCGGUCUGGGGGGAAUAAAUUCGUUUGUAACAUGUGCAAUUACGCAAAUGAUGUCCCCCCUGAGUACUUCUCCGCCACUACCCCUCAAGGUGCUCGAGUAGACAGGGAACAAAGACCUGAGUUGAUGCGGGGGACUGUGGAAUUCCUUGUACCCAAAGAAUAUUGGUCAAAAGAACCUGUGGGAAUGAGAUGGCUAUUCUUAAUCGAUGUGGGCCAAGAGGCCUUCAACAAAGGGUUCCUUGAAGCAUUCUGCGAAGGUGUUCUGGCCGCACUCUACGGAGAUGCAGAGACAGAGGGUGAGGGCGAGUUUCAGCGGAGAAUACCCGAAGGUUCAAAAGUCGGCUUUGUCACGUUCGACAAGGAUAUCCAUUUCUACAACAUGAACCCUGCCCUUGAGCAAGCACAGAUGCUGAUCAUGCCUGAUAUCGAAGAUCCUUUCUUACCCCUCAGUGAAGGCCUGUUUGUAGAUCCUUACGAAGCCAAGUCAAACAUCACAUCAUUACUAAGCCAACUCCCUGCACUCUUUUCUCAAAUCAAGAAUCCCGAACCAGCACUUCUUCCCACCUUGAAUUCUGCCUUAGCAGCACUUGAGAAAACAGGCGGCAAAAUAGUCUGUUCUCUGGCUGCCCUUCCAACAUGGGGACCCGGCCGUCUGUUCCUUCGUGAUGAUGGCAAACAGCAUGGAGGAGAUGCUGAAAAGAAACUUUUCAGUACCGAGCACCCUAAUUGGAGGAAAACUGCGGACAAGAUGGUCGCCGCGGGAGUUGGUGUAGACUUCUUUCUUGCUGCUCCCGGUGGUGGGUAUCUAGACAUUGCAACCAUUGGCCACGUCUCUGCUUCUACGGGCGGAGAGACGUUUUAUUAUCCCAACUUUGUAUCGCCUCGUGACACUGCAAAAUUGUCCCAGGAGAUCACUCACACUGUUACGCGAGAGACUGGCUAUCAAGCGCUGAUGAAGGUCCGAUGCUCCAACGGUCUGCAAGUUUCUGCGUAUCACGGCAAUUUUAUUCAGCACACCUUUGGAGCAGACAUCGAAUUUGGGGUUGUUGAUUCGGACAAGGCUAUGGGUGUCAUGUUCAGCUACGAUGGCAAACUUGACUCGAAGCUUGAUGCUCACUUCCAAAGUGCUUUAUUAUACACAACGGCCAAUGGUCAACGGAGAGUCAGAUGCAGCAAUGUCAUCGCGAGCGUCAGCGAUAAUGCCAAGGAUUGCAUGAAGUUUGUCGAUCAGGAUGCCAUUUAUAGCUUGAUUGCAAAGGAGGCUGCUACGAAAAUGAUUUCCAGUUCGCUAAAGGACAUCCGAGGUGCCUUGACAGAGAAGACCGUCGAUAUUCUGGCUGGCUAUCGCAAAAACUUCUCCGGCUCACAUCCACCUGGUCAAUUGGUUCUACCUGAGAAUCUCAAGGAGUUCAGCAUGUACAUUCUCGGCCUCAUCAAAUCCCGUGCUUUCAAAGGAGGACAGGAGCCCACCGAUCGAAGAGUACACGACAUGAGAAUGCUCAAGAGUAUGGGUGCUCUCGAACUAUCUCUAUACCUCUACCCACGAAUGAUUCCAAUCCACAACCUCACACCAGAAGAUGGUUUCGCGAAUGCUGAGUCAGGCCACCUUCAAAUGCCCCCCGCGGUACGGUGCUCUUUCUCGCGAAUUGAGGAAGGUGGCGUAUACCUCAUCGAUAACGGUCAAAACUGCUACCUGUGGAUGCAUGCUCAGACCUCUCCAAACUUAAUCAUCGACUUGUUUGGUGAAGACAAAGACAGUCUGAAGUCAUUAGACCCCUAUAGCUCCUCCUUACCAGUGCUUCAAACACAUCUCAGCGCUCAAGUGCGGAAUAUUCUCGAAUACCUGAAGACCCUGCGAGGCUCCAAGGCUUUGACCAUUCAACUCGCGCGGCAAGGACUUGAUGGUGCUGAAUACGAGUUCGCACGACUGUUGGUUGAGGAUCGGAAUAACGAGGCGCAAAGUUAUGUUGAUUGGUUGGUGCAUAUUCAUCGGCAUGUGCAGCUGGAAAUGCAGUUGACGGGACAGAGAAAGAAGGAAGACAGUGGGGACAACUCGCUCGCAUCGAACUUUGCUGGAUUGAGACCACCUUAUUGGUAA